CUAAACAACUCUUUAUUGUCUGCUAGACUGCUGUGUUAACUUUUCCUUUAAACUAGUUUAACGUGUGAGGUCAGAGGGGGCCGUGGGACCACACGGGCCAGGACAUAAGGGCAAAGCAAAGGCAUCAAAUAAAGCACGCACAGGCAGAGGGUUUGUAAAACAUCUCGAUAGAAACCAGCUGAAUGGAAACGGUGCUACUGAUCAGCCUGUGGAGCAGUGUAGGUGUGCAGGUGUGUGUGUCUCUGUGUGUGUGUGUGUGUGUGUGUGAGAGAGAGAGAGAGAGAGAGAGACACCGGGUCUUUGAUGUAGACAGGCUGAUCACAGAUCAGAUACACGCGCUUCGUAUCCAGAAAGCCAACCCCUCUCCCUCCCUCCCUUCCUCUCUCUCCGCCUUUGAUCUCGGUCUGCCCUCGAUCCGCAGCGGCUCGGAGUCGAGCCGUGCCGGGCUGGAGCAGCAGCAGCAGCACUGUCAUGGUGAGCGGACCGGUGCGGGAAACAGCCCACCACACCUCUCACCGGUCAGCUUUGGACUUCUAAGCGACACUCUCUAAUCAGGAGGCUCCCUUUGCAGCAGCUUCAAGCUCUGAGCGGCCCAUCAAAAUGGUUAGGAUGCUUCAGAACACCUUCUCACUUGUGCUAACGUUGCAUGUCCUGUAUUCAUCUCUGAUUCACACGAGAGCCGAAGAGCAGACCAGAGAAUGCCGAGAGCAAGAGUACAAGGACCGCUUUGGAAACUGCAAACCCUGCAAGCAGUGUGAUGCAGGACAGGAGCUUUCAAAGGAAUGUGGCUUUGGUUAUGGAGAGGAUGCCCGGUGUGUGCCCUGUCGGAGCAGUCGCUUCAAAGAGGACCGGAGCCUGCAGAAGUGCAAACCCUGCCUGGACUGUGGACUGAUCAACCGCUUCCAGAAGGGCAACUGCUCCACCACGAGCAACGCCGUGUGUGGUGACUGCCUGCCAGGAUAUUACAGGAAGACGAAACUAAGCGGUUUCCAGGACAUGGAGUGUAUACCUUGUGGAGACCCUCCACCUCCUUAUGAGCCCAACUGCAGUGGGCGUGUGAAUCUGGUGCCGCUGCCCUCGGUAGUGACCAGUCCACGGGACAUGGCUCUGGCUGCGGUCAUCUGCAGCGCUCUUGCUACAGUCCUGCUGGCCCUGCUCGUUCUGUGUGUCAUCUACUGCAAGAGGCAGCUGCUGGAGAAGAAGCCCAGCGCAGCUUCUCUGAGGUCUCAGGACUGUCCUUACCGCGGAGCAGAGCUCUCCUGCCUGGACGCCCGCUGGCUCCAUGACUUUCCACAGAGACCUUGCUGCCAGUGUCACCUGGGCCCCGGACACACCUGUGGUCCCGUCCAUCUAAUCCCGUCUCUGUGCUGCGAUGAGAGCUGCAGUCUGGGCCGCAGCCAGGGUAACAGUCCUUUCCAGUCCCAGAUGAGUCUCAGUGAAGGAAAUGCAAACAUGGACGAGGACCUGGAAGGACAUGCUGAGGCUGUCUGUGGGGCUGAGUAUUUUGAUGAACCUGCAGAAGGACCUGUGGUGGUGGGAGAAGAGCAGGAUGAGGGGGAAAGGUGCGGGUUGAGGGACAAAUCCCCUGAGAGGAGCUCACGGAGCUGCAGUGAAGCUGUGACAGAUGUACCGACUCAGGAAGGAUGACAUAGAUUUCUUUGGCUUGUGUUCCACCCUUGAACCACCCUGGACUCAACAACAGCCGUGGCCGGAUCCUGUCUCGGAUUUCUCACUAGUCCACCCCCAUCAAACACACAAAAAAAACAAAAAAACCCACCGCAACCACCACUAAAUACACUCGGACAACCAGUGUGGCCACUCUGCCCUCUUCAGAGCCCUCCAUCUACCAGAAUAUGUGCUUACAUGCAAACAAAAGCAUAGAGACUGUGAAUUGGUUGACCCAGAAGGUAAAAAUCAUAUGAAGUUCAAAUGUCGAGGAGUACUGACCUAUUACUGCGGAGCGCAGUGAAUCAAAAUGAGCCUCUGCUCUGCAUCGAGAAUGUCUUGCAUCUUCAUGUGUAAGAGAACAAACAAACUAAAAAAACCUGUACCGCUCAUUUAGCAGCUGGUGUUAUGAAGCUUUUGUGUGUAAAGUUGUAAAGUUUGAAGUGUGACGAAAAGUGUCAAAAGUGAUUAUGUUGCACAUUGAAGACAAUCUUGAUAAUAUGGAACAAGUUAAGAUGAGGAAUGUCUAAGUGAUAAAUAUGUUGUAGAUACUGUAAGAUAGUAAAUAGGUCAAUAUUUUUGUAACAUAGAUAGGCAUCAUGUAUGUCCCCCUCCCAUGCACCCAGUUAUAAUGACGAUGGUUGUGUUUGGUCACUUCCAUGUGCCAUUUUUGUAAAUAAACCACUUGAACAUGUUUACAUACAUUCUGUCUUCAUUUUUAUUUUUUGUUAAAUGUAAAAAUUCUUUAAUGAAAUUAAAAAGUCAGUCAUA